GGAAUGACUAAAAGGAUUAAAUUGAAGCAGUAGCUGUACCAAUGACAGUGAACAUGGAUAUAAGUAAAGGUUUUGCAGAACUUAAGUUGCUUGUGUCAAAUUGGUGUGACAAACACAUAUCUAUCAAUAUGCUGAAAGUAUUGUACAGGGACCAUGUAAAAGAUACUUUUGCAUUACAUGAGUCUUCUAAGACAAUAGAAUUAAUUGAUAUGUUGAUUAGUUCUGGAAAUCUGAGUCCAAAUAAUCUCACUCUCCUCUAUGAUACUAUUAAGGCAACAGAGAAAUUUGGUCUGGAACAAGAAAUUCACACUCAAUUGCCAUUAUUCACAAUUCCCAAAAAUAUCCGGGAUGGUGUUAUUACAAAAUUCACACCACAUCGGCAAAGACUUGUAAAGCUGGGAAUGGCGCUCACUCCAAGUGAUGUACAAAAGAUUAGUGAACUUUAUGAUGUAAAACAUACAGAUAGGUGGAGUUUGAUUAUGGAUCUAGAACAUAACCUGGUCAUUUGUGAAGAGAACAUGACAGCAUUCAUUGAAAAGUUGAAGAAACAUAAACUCUGCCAAGCUGUGAAAGCUCUAACAGAAGGCAUUCCAAUGGCAGAGCCAUCUUUUAACUCAGGACAAACAACUAAUGACAUUCCAAAUGCAACUUCAAACAUUGAAUCUGGAUGUGGUGAAGGUAUUGCUGUGACAAUUUGCAAGCGCAAAAGAGGUCCUUCUGACUCUGAUGGUCAACCGUAUCGAAAGUAUGCUCUUGAUUUGUUAAAUGACCUUGAUGAACAUAAAGACUGCCUAACUUUAAAGGAUGUACCAGAAUUUUAUGAAAAAUUUGAGAACCUCAUCAUCUAUUAUGAACGUUAUGGUUUAAAAUUGACCAAGGUCGGUAAAGGAUCAAUAGUAUUUUAUCUAAUAGCAAAUGAUCCUAAUGCUUUGAUGAAUCUGUGGGAAGUACAUUCUAGUGGGAAGCUUAUUAAAGAUUUAGCGGGAAUAUUAGUCCCAGAGAAACAUCAGCAGGAGUUCUUAGAUGAAUGGAUGACAUGCAUCGAUGAAACUGAAUACAAAGCUGCACUAAGUAAGCUAAAAGGAAAGGACGAAAAAGCCCCAAUAUCAGAGGUCUCUGAACUGUCAGUAAUCCCAGAAGUAGAAGAAUGUGCUCCAUACUUCACUAAGGAACUUGAAACAAAGUUAAUUGCUGUAGAAGGAGACUCUGCAGCAAUUCUUCAGUGUGCAGUUGCUGGCAUACCUAGACCCCAGGUUCUGAAUGAACCAGAGCAUUAUGGUAAGCCUUCCAAAAAAUGCAAUUGGUUCUAUGUUGCUCACAAGCCAUAUGUGUACUCUGGACCACUUUUCUUAUUUGAGAACACUUGGUUCUAUAAACCAAACCUUUAG